CUUGAGAAGGGAGACGGGGAGAAGGCGCUUCCGCGGGCGCCGCCGCGCACUCGGAACCGGAGCAGGCGGCUCGGCUUGGCGAUGAAGCGGCGCGCCCAGGAGGCGCCUUCGGGGGCGCAGGGCAAGGGGAUCACCGCCUCUUCCAACAUGGGACAGGCCGCGUCCGCAUCGAGGGCCCCCCGGCAACCUGCCGGGUAAGUCAGGGAGCUGGUGCGCCUCUCCAUCGCGGGAGGCAGAGGUUGCUAGAGUUGGGAUUUCUGCAUUGGGCUGGAUGGCCUUUGGGGGUCCCUUGCAAAGCUACCAUGCCAGGAUUCUCAGUCGGCCCGCUUUGCGCGCUCCGGGCACCUGCGCCUCUCCACCCGGCGAGGCUCUGAGCGCUCCCCGCCUCCAUCCGCCAUGCCAUCCGCUCGCUUCCUCGCUCUCUUGCUGCCGGUUUUCAUCACGCGCUGGCGAGGAGAAGGGGUUUGUUUUUAUUUCAGGCUCAGACAAAAAAAAAUAAGGUCACAUGCAUUUUGAGCAUCCUUUGUUUUCAAGAGAGGCUGGAAUUGGGAACGGAGCGCGCGCGCGAUGACCUGAAAAGGGGUGUUUUGGAACGGGGAGUUUGGCAAGGCUUGCAAGCGGGAGAGAGGAAAGAUGGCGGGAUUCAGCACCGGCCAAAAGGAAUUUGCUUGUCACAUUUCUAUCCCCCCCCCUUUUCCUCGUUUAGUCCCCGUUUUGUCUUUCGAACAACCCUGCAGGGUCGGGUAGGCUGAGAAUGAGCUUCAGGGCAGAGUGUUCUAGCCGGUCAGGGAUGUGGGGAGCAGUUGUCUAGCAACAUCUUGGAAGCACCAGGUUAGGGGAAAGUGCUUUAGGGAGUAAAGUUGCCUUGAUUGCCGUGGGAAUUGCAUCAGAGUAAGCAUACAUGUGAUCAAGUUUUUUAAUGGCUUUCAGGAUGGGUGCCAGUGAUUCAAGCUUUCCAAACCAGGACAUUCCCGGAGCAAAUUCAAUGUUCCAGUUUGUUUGCUUAUGAUUCAGGUAAAGGUAAAGGGACCCCUGACCAUUAGGUCCAGUCGCAGACGACUCUGGGGUUGCAGUGCUCAUCUCGCUUCAUUGGCCGAGGGAGCCGGCGUACAGCUUCCGGGUCAUGUGGCCAGCAUGACUAAGCCGCUUCUGGCGAACCAGAGCAGCGCAUGGAAACGCCGUUUACCUUCCCGCCAGAGUGGUACCUAUUUAUCUACUUGCACUUUGACUUGCUUGAUGUGCUUUCAAACUGCUAAGUGGGCAGGAGUAGGGACCGAGCAACGGGAGCUCACCCCGCCACCUUCUGAUCGGCAAGUCCUAGGCUCUGUGGUUUAACCCACAGCGCCACCCGUGUCCCAUGAUUUACUUAUUGCAUAAUAAUAAUAAUACAGUAAUAAUAUUUAUAGUCCACCCUUUUCUCCAAUGAGUACAUCAUUCUCCCCUUCCGUCAUUAACCCCCACAACAACCCUGUGAGGUAGGUCAGGCUGAGUGUGAUCAACUGAGUGUGAGCCCACUGAGCUUCAUGGCCGAGGGGGGUGGGAUUUGAACCCUGGCCUCUCCCAGGUUCUAGACUGGCGCUCUAACCACUGCACCACCCUCCGUUCCCUGUUGAAUGAGCGGCCUGUUUUUGGAGACAUCCCUGCCUUCUGCAGGACUCGAGCGAGUUCCGUAGUUUAACUGUGCUGCGUGAAGGACAACAUUAUGUUAUCUCUCCUCAAUCUUCCAGCGCUGUUUUGUUUGAUGUCCACGAGUUGCUGGCUUGUACAAGCGAGAGAGAAAAGCUGUGCUUUUGUCACAGUUCAUUCUCCUCCUCUGCAAUCCUUGUCACAGCAAGCAUUUAAUGCUAAGGUGGUGUUUGGGGAACUUAUUUGCACCCUGGAUUUAACCAGAGCUGUCAUUUCCCCAGGGUGGCGGCGGAGUGGGUGUGAAUUGUUGCACACUAGGAAAUUUGCAGUGCUGUUUCUGGAGCCAGCCAGUUAGCCAUGGGUGAGUGGGACGAAGGUUGUUGGUCCCAUCCUGUCCCUCCCCAUCCCACUGAUGGGAUCCUGUCCAAGCCUGGAAGUGCAAUGCUCCUUGCUUAAGCGCCAUUGCUCUUGCAAAAGCUCAGAGGCCAAAAAAUGGGGGUGAGACAGACCUUUGGGCUUCAGGGUCUUUUGUCUGGGGUCUUUGCCCCACACUCUCCCUCCCGGACCCUCUUAACUGAGGCCAUGGUCUCUGGAGGUAGGCAGAGGCCAAAAUCCUCUGGUCUGCCAUCUGCAAGAGCUGCAAGGAGUGCUGUUUCAGGAUAAGACCUUCUGCUCCUUCCCCCUUUAAAAACACACACACACACACAUCAAAACCCCUUUUUCCCUUUGAAUCCAAAAUGUCUAGACAUCUUGCAAAAGCCCAUUGCUUGCAAGAUCCCAGCAACCCAUCAUCUUCAUUGGCUCCACCAGUGUGGGGCAGUGGUCAGAGUGUCUGACUAGGUCCCAGAAGACACAGGUUCGAAUCUCCGCCCGGCCAUGAAGCUCUCCCUGGGUGACCUUUGGCCAUUCGCUGCCUUCUCUCUGCCUGACUUACCUUCACAGGGCUGUUGUGGGGAUUAAGUGAGGGGGGGCAUAUGUGGGAUAUAAAUGCAAUAGAUUAACAGCAACAACUAUUUAAAAUUAGCACAUGCCUACUUGUGGCCUGGGUUUUAGCAAUGGUACCUUGCAAGGCCUGCUCCUCCUUCCUCUUUGCCCCCUGCUACUCUGGAGAUUUUACUUUCUUGGGCUCCAUGAUCACUGCAGAUGGUGACAGCAGCCACGAAAUUAAAAGAUGCCUACUUCUUGGGAGAAAAGCAAUGACAAACCUAGACAGCAUCUUAAAAAGCAGAGACAUCACCUUGCCGACAAAGGUCUGUAUAGUUAAAGCCAUGGUUUUCCCAGUAGUGAUGUAUGGAAGUGAGAGCUGGACCAUAAAGAAGGCUGAUCGCCGAAGAAUGGAUGCUUUUGAAUUCUGGUGCUGAAAGAGACUCUUGAGAGUCCCAUGGAGUGCAAGAAGAUCAAACCUCUCCAUUCUUAAGGAAAUCAGCCCUGAGUGCUCACUGGAAGGACAGAUCCUGAAGCUGAGGCUCCAAUACUUUGGCCACCUCAUGAGAAGAGAAGACUCCCUGGAAAAGACCCUGAUGUUGGGAAAGAUGGAGGGCACAAGGAGAAGGGGACGACAGAGGACGAGAUGGUGGGACAGUGUUCUUGAAGCUACCAGCAUGAGUUUGACCAAACUGCGGGAGGCGGUGGAAGACAGGAGGGCCUGGCGUGCUCUGGUCCAUGGGGUCACGAAGAGGUGGACAUGACUAAACGACUAAACAACAACAACAACUUGUGGCUUGGGCUGCUGCAAUGGUACCUUGCAUUCCCCCCUCCUCCUUCCUCUUUGCCCCCUGCUACUCUGGGGCUAGGGAAUUGAGGGCAAUCGUGCCGAGGGCUGGUUUUCAGGGUUAGCUGAGUGCCUCUGGGAAUGUGCAGAGUGCAUUUAUGUUCUUCUAUGCCCUCCUGCCUCGCUCCCAUUUCUGUCUUCUCCAUCUGGCAUAGAGGCCUUCUGUUAAUAUUUGUGGGCGGGGGGUCAGUUGCAUGGACAGGGCACUCUGCACAUGCUCUGGGCACCCUCCCCUCCAUGUGUGUGUAUUUGUGUAAAAAAAUAAAAUCCUGCCCUCAAAGAGUUUGCUAUGGUGGCCAAGGGGAAGGAGAACAAAAGGAAGCAAAUGUGGGGGGAGCAACAGAGAGUAUUGUUCACUUUGACCCGUCAGCUUCAUUAUAUAAUAAUAAUAAUAAUAAUAAUAAUAACAACAAUAAUUUAUUAUUUAUACCCUGCCCAUCUGGCUGAGUUUCCCCAGCCACUCUGGGCGGCUCCCAAUCGAAUGUUAAAAACAAUACAGCGUUAAAUAUUAAAAACUUCCCUGAACAGGGCUGCCUUCAGAUGUCUUUUAAAAAUAGGAUAGCUACUUAUUUCCUUCACAUCUGAAGGGAGGGUGUUCCACAGGGCGGGCGCCACUACCAAGGAGGCCCUCUGCCUGGUUCCCUGUAACCUCACUUCUCGCAGGGAGGGGACCGCCAGAAGGCCCUCGGCGCUGGACCUCAGUGUCCAGGCAGAAUGAUGGGGGUGGAGACGCUCCUUCAGGUCUCCAAUCCAGCUUCAUUCCAGCAGUACAAAAGUUUGAGGUUCCUACAGGAGCCUCUCACUGUUGCUCCUUCCACCUCAGAGCAGCCAGACUGUGUGGGAAAUAAUCUCCCUCCUCCCAGCUUUCCUGCCUCCUUACAAACGCACAGAGCUGGGCUCCAGGGCUAUUUCUAACGCUGAAAUACCUGCCUACAGAUAGGCCCAGGUGAUAAGCUGUAAUUAAAAUAAUGAGCCUUCAUGAGCAACUUUUUUCUGGGCCUGUCAAGAGUCACAGCCCUGAUCAGUUUACUGUGUAAACUGUGUUGUCUUCUGGUGGCCCAAGGUCACCACAUGAGGUUCAUGGCUGAGUGGGGAUUUGAACCCAGGACUGGGGCCUGGAAGUUCUGGCUUUCGAAUCUCCCCUCAACCAUGAAGCGCAUUGGAUGAACUUGGGCCAUUCACCUUCUCUUGGGCAACCUUGGGCCAUUCACGUACACCACCUUGAUAUAAACGUAAGAAACAAACAAACAAUAAAACUCUCAGGCCACUCGGAUCUGGCCCUCAAUUCACACGCUAAAGCAUUUUCCACUGUAACUAAGUACAGUAAAUAAAUUCAGCAAUGUUUGGGAUUCACUGUGACAUUUUGCCGUUUUAUUUUCUCGGUUUGAUCCCGCGAAAUCCCUUGCUGUUUAUUAUGACAGCCGGCCUGUAGCUGUUUCAGUAAAUCAAAAGGGUGGGAACAGCUGCAGAACUGCCUCCAGGGAUGAGACAGGAAGACGUGCGCGAGUGACGACACUGGCACUGGGCAAUAGGCACUUGCCGCAGCUGACUCUGUUGCAACAUGCUGGGAGAGUGCAAGUGCUUUGACAGCUUUUUUGAGUUUGUGGUGUCGCCAAUACCUAAGGGUAGGGAGCAAGGGCAAUGUGAGCUCCGGGGGUGUUGUUAGGUGUUACUCAACAGAGUUCUGCUCAUUUGGAAGCUGAUUAUUGCGGUUGUGAUUUGGUUGCUGCAUCACAGCAAGGUGAGUUGCUGCCUCUUGGGUGUGUUUCGAUGCCUUGCCAAAGCACCCGCAAAGCAAAAUCGCUCAUCAGCUGGGUUAUGUGUGGGCCCAGACCUUUGCUGAGCCAACUGUUGCAUCAGAAGCUAAGAGCAUUAUCUGCAUAUCUCUUGUGUAAAAAUCUAGCAAGACGGAGGAGGGAGGUGGUUAGCUAAUCCAGUCCAACCCUCUACAAUGUAGGAAUUGCAGCUAAAGAAUUUAUUUUGUUUGUUUGUUUAUACAAAACUCUUUAGUAUCUUGCCUGUCCAGCUUACAGCACAAGGCAGCAAACUGCAGAAAUAAAAGAAACAAAUACACAGGUAAUUUAAAAUCAAACAACAACGAUAACAAAGACAACAACAAUAAUUUAUAUGCUGCCCAUCUGACUGGGUUGUCCCAGGCCCUCUGGGCAGCUCCCAACAAAACCAGUAUAAAACCCCAAACGUAAAAAACUUCCGUAUAGGGAUGUCUUCUAAAAGUCCUAUAGUUGUUUAUCUAUUCAACAUCUGUUGUGUGGUCCAUAUGCCUGGCCAAAUAAAUCGGCCACUGGCCUCCUCUUCAGUAUCUCGACAUUGAGGGCGGACUGAAUGUCGCUCUGAUGGGAGUUCCACAGGUGAGGUGCCACAACUGAGAAGGCCCCGUCUCAUGUCAUCGCUCUCCUGCAGGAGUGGCACUCGAGGGCAGAUUUAGGCAGGUCCUUGCAGAGCCAGGCAGAGGCCCGGGCAGACAAAUGUGACCAUUAAUUAUAAUUAAAUUAUAAUUAUAAUUAAAACUUCUCCAUCUUCAUAUUCUACUCUUAAAAAAGAUGUAUGCUUCUGAGAAAGCCACUAUUGCUCAUAGGCCACUGUUUCUUUAAAAAACAUGGUUUCCACCAAAUUUUAUCCUCAUUGAGCUAUAUGUACUCCUCGGAUGUAUGUAAUAUUCCUGGCCUAGUCAACAAAAUUUUAAACAAAUGGCCACAUCUUCAUUAAUUUUUCAUCAUUAAAAAAUAAAAAUAGCGAUAAGAAAGCCAACACACCAGGGUUCGAAUCUCCCUGGUGACCAGGGUUCGAAUCUCCCUGGUGACCAGGGUUCAAAUCUCCCUGGUGACCAGGGUUCAAAUCUCCCACUCAGCCAUGAAGGUCAGUGGGUGACCUUGGUUCAUCAGUCACAAUAUUUCAUUCGAAACUACCUCCUACCUUUGCUGGGAUUAAAUGAGAAGGAGGAAAACUUACGUAGGCCGCUUGGAGUUUCUUGGAGGAAGGGUGGGGAUAGAAAUGCAAUAAAUAAAAAUAAUAUGGAAAUAAUUAUCGCUGUCCUUUCUUUGCUCAUUUAAGUCUUUUUACCUCCUUAUCUCCCCCCCUAAUAAUAUUUAUUAUUUUCCAUACAUAGAUACAACAAAAGAAAAGGUUGACAGUAAUAAAGAAAAAAGAAUAAAACAGAAAAAAGAAAAAAAGAAUAUAAAACAUAAAAUACAACAAAUCAUCACUACACUAACACUUACUUAAUUAAAAUCCAUCUUCAUAAACAUAUUAUUUGACUUCCUCAAAUCUCUUCCAUCUGAAUUUCUUAGUAAUUAUAUAUAGCAGUUUCCAAUAUCAUUAUUUAUUUACCUCCUUAUCUUUUAGGGGGCUUCUGGACUGGUUCCAAGCCAGUAAAAUCAAGACGCUGAUCCUGAAUGUAUUUAUUCUGUACGCCUCCAUCCCCUUCAUCAUCCGCAUGUUCCCUUCGCUGCUGCAAAAGUUUGUCUUUCUUAAUUUCCGUAAGUAUUCUCUCUGCCUAUUGCCUGCCUUGGGAUCUUUAAACGGGCCGCAGCAAAGGUUUCUCCAGAGGCUGGCUGAACUUCUGGAAAUCAAUUGUGGAUCCAGGGUUUGCCUGGUAUCAAACUGCAUUGUCUUUAUCUCAGACUAAGCCAGUUUGCCCUGACAGCUGCCCAGGGGUCAAGAUCUCCUGCAUGUCUUUUUCCAAAGGCCUAUCUGAAUAGGAAGGUUUUUGCCGGCCCGAGUCAUCACUGCAGGAGAGGAAGAUCUUAACAGGCUUUGUCUUGGGAGCAAAGGAACAUAGGAAGCUGAGUCAAGACAUUGCUCAAUCUAUUAUUAUUAUUAUUAUUAUUAUUAUUAUUAUUAUUAUUAUCAAUUUUUAUUUAUACCCCACCCUCCCUGGCCAGAGCUGGGCUCAGGGCAGCUAACACCAGUAAAAUUACAGUAAAAACAUAAUAGGGGGGAAAAAACCAAUUUAAAAUACAGGUUAAAAUGCAAUUUAAAGUGCAGCCUCAUUUUAAAAGUAGCCCAUAAAUCAAAACCGUAAGGGGAGGGAAGACAUAAGGGUCAGACUGAGUCCAUACCAAAGGCCAGGUGGAACAGCUCCGUCUUGCAGGCCCUGCGGAAAGAUGUCAAGUCCUGCAGGGCCCUGGUCUCUUGUGACAGAGCGUUCCACCAAGUCGGGGCCAGUACUGAAAAGGCCCUGGCCCUAGUUGAGACCAAUCAAACCACCUUGCAGCUUGGGACCUCCAAAGUGUUGUCGUUUGUGGACCUUAAGGUCCUCCGUGGGGCAUACCAGGAGCGGCGGUCCUGUAGGUACAAGGGUCCUAGGCCGCAUAGGGCUUUAAAGCUCAAAACCAGCACCUUAAACCUGACCCUGCACUCCACCAGGAGCCAGUGCCGCCCAGGCAGUGCGCAUAUUCUGCAGCUCUUUGCAAACAUGCUGCUGCUGUCUUCUGUCUAGGCUGGAGAAAUGGAUGGUUUAAUCCAGAGGCCGCCAGUCCCUUUUGGGCUUGCGGAAACCUCUGGAUUUUUGAGUGAGUGCUAUGGAUGCGACUCCACAUCUGGCUGCUUCUCUCGCUUCUUCCAUGAGCACAGCCAGGAUUUUUUAAAUUGGGAGACACAAUGAGAGAUAAAGGAGGUGCUGCGGGAUGGGUGGAAGUCAAUGUCUUGUUGUUGUUUUAGUGUUUAUAAUAUUAACUUGUAAGAUAAGGAUUGGUUUGUUUGUUUUGUUUUUGUUGUUUUUUUUAGUUUUCGAAUGUUGAUUUUUGUGUGUUGUGCAUUGUUAUUUUUUGAUAUAUUUUGUGUUGUUGUUGUUGUGUGGAAAAUACUAAUAAAAUUCAUUUAUUUUUUUUAAAAUUGGGAGAUUCCCCCCCCCCGCAAGACGACAUUAUGGGGGAAGGGCGGCAGAACCUCAGUUAAUUUAGUAUUUUUAACACUUUUCAAUACUUCUUGAGCCUGCUAGUAGCCCUCUCCUCCAUGAAUUUUUCCAAUCUGCUUUUAAAGCAAUCCAAGUUCGUGGCCGUCUUGUGGGAGGGAGUUCCACAGUGUAACCGUGCCCUGUGGAUGAGGAGGUCAUUUCUCUCAUCUGUCCUGAAUCUCCCUCUGGAUGUCCACAAGUCCUAGUUCUCAGAGAGAGGGAAUAAAACUUUCCUUUGUCCACUUCUGCCAUGUCAGGCGUGGUUUGGUUUUGCUGCCCAUUCAUUCGAAGUCAUAAAGCAGAGACACUCCUCGCCCGCUUAUUGUGGCAUUGACAAGUGUUGGGGGCGCAUGGGGAACGCGAGGCCUUUGCCAGGGAGCAAAUUUCCAAAGUGAACUUCUUUUGCAGUUGUUUUUCCCUUUGGGGUGGAUUUCCAGAAGCCCGAAGUAUAUCUGAAUCACACGAGGAACUUUUAUCUCACCUCCGAACCGGGGAUCACUAUUGGGAUUUGGUGAGUAAGGGCCCCCCCUUGGCCUGGCAGGGGCCGUGUGCUGAUCUGCAUGUCACCCUCCGAGUCUUGCUCCCAAUCUGAUCUGGGGCUGAGGAUGAUCCGUAGAUAGAUAAGAUAGAUAAAACUUUAUUCGCAUUAGCCAACGGCCAUGGCAACAUAAAACAAGCAAUAGCUAAAGGUAAAGGUACCCCUGACCGUUAGGUCCAGUCGUGGCCGACUCUGGGGUUGCGGCGCUCAUCUCGCUUUAUUGGGCGAGGGAGCCGGCGUACAGCUUCUGGGUCAUGUGGCCAGCAUGACUAAGCCGCUUCUGGCAAACCAGAGCAGUGCACGGAAACGCUGUUUACCUUCCCGCCAGAGCGGUACCUAUUUAUCUACUUGCACUGGUGUGCUUUCGAAUUGCUAGGUUGGCAGGAGCAGGGACCGAGCAACGGGAGGUCACCCCGUCGCGGGGAUUCAAACCACCGACCUUCUGAUCGGCAAGUCCUAGGCUCUGUGGUUUAACCCACAGCGCCACCCAUAUCCUAUAAAACAAGCAAUAUAUACAAAUAAAAAGACAGCAAUGGGUAAAAAGGACAAUCAAAUGGCGAAGAUUAUCGUCUGAUCAUUUUGAUCUGAUAACAGAAAGAACAAUGUGGCCGCAGAUGGGUGGCCUGGGAUGGUAAGUAAGAGUGGGGUGAUGAUCUCAUUCCUCAGAUCUUUAUAAAGGGGACAGGACAGGAGAACAUGAACCACUGUUUCCAGAUUGCACAGGGGCAGAGUCAGUUGGAAUCUUUUGGUACCUGCCCUGAAGUAUGGCAGAAGGCAUCACAUCCAAUCUGGCCAGUGCGAAGGCACGUCUGUAUUUUGGGAUAGUUAAUUUGUACAAAUAUGGUGCCAGGGAAUCAAACUGAGAAGGGGGGGGGGGGAGGCAUACCAAGGACAGAAUUUCUUUAUAAUGGCCAGAUUGUUCUGUUGCUCUAAGUCCUUCAGACUCUGUCCAAUUAGCCCUUUUGCUUUAAUAAAACCCGUCAUGAGACGCUGAUGUGGGUGGAGUCCGCAGGAGAGGAGUUUUUGGUGCCCAAUUUUAAACCACGCACUUUUAUGGGGGGUCUUGUGUCAGUAAGGGCAGUAGACCGGGUGGAUUUAAGUUUAGAUGGAGCCAAUAAUUAAGAGUUCUUUGCCAGGACCGAGCUUCUACAGAGGGAAGACUUGAGAAUGAUCUGUAUCUGCAAAGCACCAUGCAUGCGCUUAUCGGCUUUGCUCUCACUUUUGCUUUCUCCUUUCUCUGUGCACAAAUCCGUAUUUUUAGCUGAUGUGCUCAAGGCUCACUUUGUGCACUGAUCUGGGCAGAUGCAACUCGCCUCACUGUUCCCCCUUUCCAUCCGCAGCGGGGCAGCCCCCACUGCGGUUGAAUAGGCCUUUUGCUUCUCUUCUUAGGCACUCCUUGCCUGACAACAUGCGGGAGGAGGCUGAGGGGAAGGACCCCAGCUGGUACGAAGAGGCCCUGGCGGACAAUAAUCCCAUCAUAAUCUAUCUCCAUGGCAAUGGGGGGACCAGGUGAGUUUGAGACUGAAAGGAACAAACAAAGGCAGCGUCCAUGCUCCGUUAUUCCCCUGCUCAGUUGUUCUUCUCCUGCAUGCGUCGUCUGGAUGUUGGGACAGAAGGGCUGUAGCUUAGUGCAGGACACCUGCCCUGCAUGCAGAAUGGUCCCGGGUUCAACGCCCAAGGGCAUCCUGGUGGCGCCAUUCCCCCUCCUGUGGCCGGUGUGAGUCUGAAUAGUCUUGCUCAUUUAACGACUUUAAAACUUUAAACCAGGCAUAGGCAAACUCCGGCCCUCCAGAUGUUUGGGACUACAAUUCCCAUCAUCCCUAGCUAACAGGACCAGUGGUCAGGGAUGAUGGGUACUGUAGUCCCAAACAUCUGGAGGGCUGGAGUUUGCCUAUGCCCUGCUUUAAACCACGUCUUUUAAUGGCUGGCUUGUGAUCUGUUUAUGAGUCAUUCUGGAAAUAAGCAAGUUGGCAAUUUUGAUCGCCUGCGACGAUGAUUAAACACUUGGCUCUCGUCUUUGACCUCUCUUACAGAGCAACAAGUCACAGAGUUCGUUUCGCAAAGGUAAGCUGUGGUGUUCACUCUUCCCCUUUAAAAAUAAGAACAAGAUGAGCCUGCUGGAACAGGCCAAUGGCCCAUCGAGUCCCGCCUCCUGUUCUCAUAGCAGCCAAGCAGAAGCCCCAAUGGGAAGCAGACAAGCAGGAUUCGAAUACGAGCCCCCUCUCCCUUCCUCUGGUUUCCAACAACUGGUGUUUAGAACCAUUGCUGCCUCUGACUACGGAGUCAGACCAUCCAUCGUGGCUAGUAGCUGCAACAGCCCUCUUUUCCUCCACGGAUUUGUCCAAUCCUCUUUCGAAGCUGGCCACCCCUGCCUCCCGUGGCAAUGAGUUCCAUAGUUUGCACUGCGCGAAGAAGGACUUCCUUUUAGCUUUCUGUUUCUGAAGAUUUGGCUCGUUUGUUCAACAGGCCAUGAGUGACAGCGGCUUCCACGUCCUGGCUGUUGACUACCGAGGUAAGUUCCAAUGCACAAAUAAUGCCGGGCUCUUGCGGGACACGCGGAUGAUGUGUUUCCCUCUGAUCCUUCAUCCGAUGCCUCCCUCCAGGCUACGCAGACUCCACCGGCCACCCCAGCGAAAAUGGCUUCACCACGGACAUCCUGUUUGUCUACGACUGGGUCAAAGCCCGCAGCCGCAACAGCACAGUCAUCUUUUGGGGCCACUCGAUGGGCACUGGGUAGGUUUUGCGUUCUCAGUCCUGUCUCCAGACACCCUCUUUAUUGUGGAUUCUGUUGGAAACACGCCUGGGAAGGCUGCCAACGUCCCAAGUCAUUGGGACAUCUCUCUGGCCGUAAAUCUCCCUCAGUCCAGAGGGACCGGUAAUAAGCGACCCCUCUCCUCUGAGAAGAGCAUGCUAGUCUUCUAGCUUAUCCUAGCAGAAGAGAGACUCAAUCAGUAAUUCUAAACUACUUUAUUUACUGUCUUAUAAUACAGAGACUCCAUCAGUACAUCUGUGCUCUUUGAACACCAGUACAGAACUGCAUCGGGACACAGGUGGCGCUGUGGGUUAAACCACAGAGCCUAGAACUUGCCGAUCAGAAGGUCGGCAGUUCGAAUCCCGCGACGGGGUGACCUCCCGUUGCUCGGUCCCUGCUCCUGCCAACCUAGCAGUUCGGAAGCACGUCAAAGUGCAAGUAGAUAAAUAGGUACCACUCUGGGAGGAAGGUAAAUGGCGUUUCCGUGCGCUGCUCUGGUUCGCCAGAAACGGCUCAGUCAUGCUGGCCACAUGACCCGGAAGCUGUAUGCCGGCUCCCUCGGCCAGUAAAGCAAGAUGAGCGCCGCAACCCCAGAGUCAGUCACGACUGGACCUAAUGAUCAGGGGUCCCUUUACCUUUACUUUACAGAACUGCAUCACAUACAGAAGUGAAACUAACUUCCAACAGUACUCAGACUUCCUGUCUCACACUCACUCAGACACUCACAUGAUGUAUACAGAACAUGGUACAAUAGUAGCACUCACUGAAGCAUCUCGGAUAGAUAAAAAUCCUAACAUCACUCACCCAUUUUUAGGUAACUGUUUCUGUGUAAGCUAGUGCAGCAUCAAGUGACAUAAACAAAUAGUUGUCAUACACAUAGUAUACCCCUGUUGUACCAGUUCCACUUUUGGAACCACCUGCAACUGGAUUGACCAGUUCAAACCUCUGGUUACCUGUCUUCCAUGGGACUAGAGCUUUUGCUCUAUCUUGGUCUGAGGAAACAGUGUUGACCCUUGCAACCUUCAGGUGUGGUUUUGUCUCUCCUGUGGACAAACCUGGUACCUCACUCAAGACCUCAGUGUCUGAAAUAGUUUGAGCUGGGGAGAGCACUCUUGUGUUCGAAUUCUGCUCGCUGGUUUCCCACAGGCAGGUGUGUCCAGGGCGGCUGUCUACCAGCUCUCUCUGGUAUGCAGGCUGAGACCCUCCCUGCCCACAGACUGUCUUGCCAGAGUGGUGCAUGCUCUGGUUAUCUCCUGCUUGGACUACUGCAAUGUGCUCUAUGUGGGGCUACCUUUGAAGGUGACCCGGAAACUACAACUAAUCCAGAAUGCAGCAGCUAGACUGGUGACUGGGAGCAGCUGCCGAGACCACAUAACACCAGUCUUGAAAGACCUACAUUGUCUCCCAGUACGUUUCCAAGCACAAUUCAAAGUGUUGGUGCUGACCUUGAAAGCCCUAAACGGCUUCAGCCCAGUAUGCCUGAAGGAGCGUCUCCACCCCCAUUGUUCUGCCCAGACACUGAGGUCCAGCUCCGAGGGCCUUCUGGCAGUUCCCUUGCUGCGGGAAGUGAGGUUUCAGGGAACCAGGCGGAGGGCCUUCUCAGUGGUGGCACCCUCCCUGUGGAACGCCCUCCCAUCAGAUCUCAAAUAAAUAAACUGCUAUCUGACAUUUAGAAGACAUCUGAAGGCAGCCCUGUUUAGGGAAGUUUUUAUUGACUGAUGUUUUCAUGUAUUUUUAAUCUUUUGUUGGAAACCGCCUAGAGUGUAUGGGGAAACCCAGGCAGAUGGGUGGGGUAGAAAUAAUAAUAAUAAUAAUAAUAAUAAUAAUAAUAAUAAUAAUGGCCGGUUCCCAUGAGAACAGGAUGUCAGGCUCAAUGAGUCAUUGGCCUGAUCCAGGAGAGAUUUUCUGGGCCUGCGAUGUGACAAUAUCCCUCUUUCCUGUUUCCCUGCAGAAUUGCUACCAACACUGCUAGGAGGCUGAAAGAAAAAGGUAAUUAUUAAUAUCUGUGUGUGGAAGGGUCACGGCCUCACAAUCCAAGGGGGCCUGGUUGUGGGUACAUUGUUGUUGUUUAGUCGUUUAGUCGUGUCUGACUCUUCGUGACCCCCUGGACCAGAGCACGCCAGGCACUCCUGUCUUCCUCUGCCUCCUGCAGUUUGGUCAAACUCAUGCUGGUAGCUUCGAGAACACUGUCCAACCAUCUCGUCCUCUGUCCUCCCCUUCUCCUUGUGCCCUCCAUCUUUCCCAGCAUCAGGGUCUUUUCCAGGGAGUCUUCUCUUCUCAUGAGGUGGCCAAAGUACUGGAGCCUCAGCUUCAGGAUCUGUCCUUCCAGUGAGCACUCAGGGCUGAUUUCCUUCAGAAUGGAGAGGUUUUUUCUUCUUGCAGUCCAUGGGACUCUCAAGAGUCUCCUCCAGCACCAGUGGGUACAUAGGAAGCUGCAAAGUGCUGUCCACACUGACUGACAACAGCUCUCCAGCAUUUUAGACAAGGGAGCCUGUUCCUAAAUUCUAUUUGGAGGCACCGGGGAUCGAACCCGCGACCUUCUGCCACCAAGGCAGAUGCUCUGCCACUGAACUACAGAUUAGAGAGAGCCAUUUGCGCACACUUUUGUGUGUAGGAAAUGGCCUGUUCUACAGGGUUAUUAAACCUUUAAACUAAGCCAGUGUGGUGUAGUGGUUAAGAGCGGUGGACUCGUAAUCUGGUGAACCAGGUUCGCUUCCCCGCUCCUCCACAUGCAGCUGCUGGGUGACCUUGGGCCAGUCACACUUCUCUGAAGUCUCUCAGCCUCACUCACCUCACAGAGUGUUUUUUUUUUGUGGGGGAGGAAGGGAAAGGAGAAUGUUAGCCACUUUGAGACUCCUUCAGGUAGUGAUAAAGCGGGAUAUCAAAUCCAAACUCUUCUUCUUCUUCUUCUAGGAAGUGAGGAGAUUGGCUUUUGCAUAGGGUGAGCAAAUUGGGGGCAUGAGCCACAGAUUUGGCCCUGAAAUCCAUUUCAGUGGACGCGGAUUCCUCAAGGGUGUUUCUGAGCAUGUUCAAAACGCCCUUCUUUCUCCGGUUUAUUCUUACACCUCUUUGUUAACGCAUGCAUGAAGCAACAUCUGUUUGCGUAUGAAGUCAAGAGAGAGGCUGUCGACACAAAUGACAGAUGCAACUGGGUCCCCCUCCCCACUUUCUCCCCUACUUCUGCUGAAUCCUCACUCGUGACGCCAUUCCUAUGCACUUUCCCAAUGCCCCUCACUCAAAACUGCCUAUAGAUUGCCCCUAGGUCUAUAGGGGUUGGAAGAGACUGGGGUGAUGAGGAAGCUGAGAAGCCCCGGAAAGAUGGUGUUGUAAACAGAGGCCAACCAGAGAAUAUUGAGAAGCAAAGCAGCUCGUGAGCUUGAUCUUUAUUGAUCUGUUGCAACAGGGUGCUCCUCUCACUCACAGGAGAGGAGGAAGAACCCAGAAAAAUAGCACGCAAGGCCUUAUAAAGACUUUUGAAAUUGCCACCCUGUAGAUCAAGACCACCCCCAGAAACAUCAUACAUACAUCACAAAAAAGGCGGUCUAAAACAGAAAUUUGAAUGUUGUUUUUCUCCUGUCGUUGUUUAUCUCCUGUCUGGCAGGUUACUUGAUUGGAUUUCCUGGGGAGCCUGCCCAUUCUUUUGUAAUGAUAAAUACUUAGUUCCUGGGUCAGGUCACAGGCUCACAGCCUAUUCAAACACAGACAUAUCCUUAAGACAGGAUUUGUGAAGGAAAAGACAACGGGAGGUUUCCCACUUUGACCUUGCAGAGAAAACAUUUGCUCAGUUUAGGCUUCAGGUCGGUCUUCCUGUGCUGAUCUAUGUACGUGCGGUUAUGAACAUUACCAUAUAUCUAAGACCUCAAAAUUCCUAUCACAGAUGGGAUGAGAGUGGAACUCGACAUGUGAUUCCGAGCUGCGAUCCUGCAUUUGGGGACUAGAUUGCGACCCUGCAAUGAUUUUGUGUCGGCAGCAACCAAACACGUCUCCAUUUUGUUGGAAUCCGCUUUGCAGUUGUUCUGGAGGGCUAACAGGACUCCAUCUCCACACCCUCCUCAAAUUUUGCAAGUUGACUGUUCAAGUCAGCCUGGAUUUCUGUAUAUUUUGUCUCUGUCGGACUGGAAUAGCUUGCUGUCCUGGUUCUUCUGGUGGGGAGAAGCUGCCCUUCUCCAGGGAUUUGUCCUGGCGUCUCUCCAAGGCCUUUUCGUUGAAUUGUAGAAUUAAAUCGCAUAAUCGUAGUGUUGGAAGGGAACACCAAGGAUCUAACUCCCCAGUAUAGGAAUCACAGCUAAGGAAUCACUGACAGAUGUCAAUCCAGCCUCUUUUUAAAAACCUCCAAGGAAGGAAAGUCCAUCACCUUUUGAGAGAGUCUGUUCCGCUGCUGACAGCUCUUGCCAUCCAAAUGUGCUUCUUAAAGUUUAGUAAGAAUCCUCUUUCUUGUCAAUUGACAAGAAAUAUAAUAAUAAUAAUAAUAAUAAUAAUAAUAAUAAUAAUAAUAAUUUUUAUUUAUAACCCGCCCUCCCCAGCCAAGACUGGGUUCAGGGCGGCUAACACCAGGUAUAAAAACAAUUGAUUGAAAUACAACUUAAAAACAAGAUUAAAACACAACAUUAAAAUGCAGCCUCAUUUCAGUAGGAACUCAAAUCAAAAACUUUUUGGGGGAUGAAAAUGUCAAGUCUUCACCAAGGCCAGGUAUCCAGACUGGUCCUACUUGGGCCAGGAAAAAAAGCCAGGGAAGUCCCCAAAUAGACUAUGACUUUCCUUGAUCUGGACACUCGACUUGCGUUGAUGCAGCCCAGAGCUGCGUUUGCUUCCACUUUCAUUUUCCAAUUCCCACCUCUUCCCCCUGCAGAUGGAACCAUCGUCGACGCUCUGGUUCUUGAGGCUCCUUACACCAACAUCCGGGAUGCAGCUGCCACCAUCCCCGUUACAAAAGUAAGAUUUAGUGCUCUUCUUUCGCGGCCCUCUUGCUGCCACUGAAACAGCUUGCUGAGCAACUCUGUAAACAGCGGGGUGUGCCAGCCGGCAAGCGGUUUUAAUUUCUAUUCUCUUUGGCCGGGGUGGGGAACUUCAGCCCAGAUAGCCAAAUAUGGCCUCUCAGUGUACCUUGAGCAAAAGUCAAAUGUAACAUGACAAGAGGCGUUCUAGGUCACACCAUUGGUCCAGCAUCCUGUUCUCACAGUGGCCACCUAGAUGCCCCAAUGGGAAACACAUAAGCAGGAUCCGAGCGCAAGGAUCCUGCGGGUUCCAGUGACUGGUAUUCAGAACCAUUGCUGCCUUUGACCAGAGGAUAGCCAUUGUGGCUAGUAGCUGUUGAUAGCCUUCUGCCCCAUCAAUUUGUCCAAUCCUCUUUGAAAGCCCUCCCAAGUUGGUCGGCACCACUGUUGCGUUCUGAGGCCAAAGGACAGGACUGGACCCUGAUUAAAAUAAGACGCUUUGACCGGCAAGGCUCUCGGAGGAAGUGCGUGAACCACACCCCUAACCAGGCCAUUAUAUUAACAAAAGAAUCCUUCACACAGUGCUCGCGAGAACCAAUCAUAUUUCCCUUGAGCAUUUCAUCAAACCCCACGUGGGAACAAAGUUACACUACAACGCUAAUUAGCAUGCAUAUAUUUUGGGGUAAAUAAGUUGAGAACUACAAAGGGGAGCAUCUGGCAACCCCAGAGGUGAGAAAUAUACAUGAUAAGAAGGAUGGCCAGAUGGCCAGAAAGACAGGAUCAUUAUCACCUUCAUGUGAGAUCUGUUUCCUGGCUCCAAGAUUAACAUUUUAAGAUUAACAAUCAGAAAAGCUACAUCAAAGAAACUGCCCAUAGUCUUAGAUAACCCAGGACUCUUGCCUGUCUGUCAGCGUAUGUGACUUGUCAGGAAAGAGAAAUGGAACAGGGAUGCAGAGGUGUGGAUUGAUCAAGAAUCAUAUCAAAAUAGUUUAAACCCAGUCAACGCAAUGCUUUCAUUGCUGACACAGAUGGCUUACUCUAUAUUUGUUACAAUUCCUCAUAGCAAUCCCACCUGAUCGCUACACCCCACUGCCUCCUGCAGCAGUGAGUUCCGCAGUUUAAUGAUGUGCUGCGCGAAGGAGUGCUUUCUUUUGCCUGUCCUGAGUUGGAGGCAGUGUGCCUCCAAGUGCCAGUUGCUCCGAAUAGUGCUGGAACGUCCUGAAAUGCAAGACUCCCCUUCGAAAGUGGCGACCUGCCAGCCUCUUGGGAGGCUUCUGUUUACACAGGGCUUCCCAUGAUCUCUCAAUCUGCAUCUCGUGUUUUCAAUGCUGUGCUGUUUUAAUGAGUCUGUCUUAUCAUGGACAUUUAUAUGCUAGUUUUGUUGCGUGUUUUAAUUAUGCUGUGUGGUUUUGUUUUGUUUUAAUUAUUGUGCCUUUGUGCCAUUGGUUUAUGUGCUUUGCAAACUGUGUGCGUAAAUUAAAAACAAGGAUGAUCUAAAGGCCUUUUCUGGACCACCAAAUGUACCGUAUUUUUCGUGCCAUAAGACACACCCAACCAUAAGACGCACCUGGUUUUAGAGGAGGAGAACAAGAAAAGAAAUGUUCUCUCCCUCUCUGCUCAGCGCCUCUUCAGCAAAGUGGGAGGAGAAAUGGAAGGGACUCCCUUUCUCCUCCCGCUUCGCUGAAGGGGUGCUGCACAGAGAGGGAAAGCUGUGCAGCGCCCCUUCAGCGAAGCGAAACCAGGAGAGCAAGAGGGAUCGAUCCCUCUUGCUCUCCUGGCUUCAGCAAAAGCAACGCGCAGCCUCCGGAGCGCAGUGGGAGCGCUCCCGCUGCGCUCAGGAGGCUUCGGGCGGCUAUCCCUAAAGCCUGGCUUCAGCGAAAGCUGCGCAUCCUGCAUUCACUUCAUAAAAUGCACACACAUUCCCCCUUACUUUUUAGGAGGGGAAAAGUGCAUCUUAUAGAGCGAAAAAUACAGUAAUUACCAUUGGGAAAAACCUAAACCAGGGGUUGGCAACCAAAGGCCCAUGGGCCACAAGCAGCCCCCGGGGGUCGUUUAACUGGCCCAUGAGCUGUCCCCGAACUGAGCCACCCUCUCUGCGAGUCCCCGUGUGCUGUGCUAAACCAGCACAGUGUGGCACAGGGACUCGCUUUUGCAGCGCCAGAAAUCGCAUCUGCGCAGACACAGAGGGCAGAAAUUGUGCCUGUGCAGACGCAGAAAAUCGCAGGCGCAUGUGCGCUCCGGCCCACGGAUAAUAAUAAUAAAAUAAUAAUAAUAAUAAUAAUAAUAAUAAUAAUAAUAAUAAUAAUUUAUUAUUUAUACCCCGCCCAUCUGGCUGGGUCCCCCUAGCCACUCUGGGCGGCUUCCAACAAAACACUAAAACACAAUAACCUAUUAAAUAUUAAAAGCUUCCCUGAACAGGGCUGCCUUCAGAUGUCGUCUAAAAGUCUGGUAGUUAUUUUUCUCAUUGACAUCUGGUGGGAGGGCGUUCCAAGGGCGGGUGCCACCACUGAGAAGGCCCUCUGCCUGGUUCCCUGUAACUUGGCUUCUCGCAGUGAGGGAACCACCAGAAGGCCCUCGGUGCUGGACCUCAGUGUCCGGGCAGAACGAUGGGGGUGGAGACGCUCCUUCAGGUGUACUGGACCGAGGCCAUUUAGGGCUUUAAAGGUCAGCACCAACACUUUGAAUUGUGCUCGGAAACAUAGUGGGAGCCAGUGUAGGUCUUUCGAGACCGGUGUUAUAUGGUCUUGGUGGCCGCUCCUAGUCACCACAUUCUGUCUAAUUGUAGUUUCCGGGUCACCUUCAAAGGUAGCCCCACGUAGAGCGCAUUGCAGUAGUCCAAGCGAGAGAUAACCAGAGCAUGCACCACUCUGGCGAGACAGCCUGCGGGCAGGAAGGGUCUCAGCCUGCGUACCAGAGAGAGCUGAUAGACAGCUGCCCUGGACACAGGGCCUCCCUGGACCUGUGCCUCCAUGAACAGCUGUGAGUCCAGAAUGACUCCCAGGCUGCACACCUGGUCCUUCAGGGGCACAGUUACCCCAUUCAGGACCAGGGAAUCUUCCACACCUGCCCGCCUCCUGUCCCCCAAAAACAGUACUUCUGUCUUGUCAGGAUUCAACCUCAAUCUGUUAGCCACCAUCCAUCCACGGAGGGAUCUCCACUGGAGUGAACCAGCCCAGGCAAGGUAAACCUUGCUGACCCCUGACAUAAAUACUCAGCCAGAAAGUAUGUUAUAUUUGGAACGUGGACUCCUCUUGCCACUGAUAUUGCAGCAAUACAGACCCACCCUGCCUCGCACACGUUUGCUUUGCUGACACAUUUACUGGGGCAAUUUCACAAAGGCAUUUUCCAUCCAUGGAAAAUGUCCACCUUUUUUCAGGCUCUCUGUUCCGCUGCGACUUCUUCUAAUGAGUCACCUGCCCUUUCUUGAAACAGAUCUACCGCAAGUUUCCUGGCUUUGACUAUCUGAUCUUAGACACAAUGGCUCUCGCGGAUAUGAUCUUCCCAAACGACAAAAAGUGAGUCCGAAAGGUGCCACGGUGGCAGCGAGGUGGUUCUGUUUGGGGCACCUGUCCCUGUAGAAGUCUGUGUACACUUGAGCAAAACAGGUGUCCUCUUAUUUUGUUUUGUUUCAUAAAAGGCAUGCAUCGCUUAACUGUAAAAACAAAGCAAAUCCCUUAAAGCGGUUUACAAAGAGAAUAUUAUCAUCAUUAUUAACAUUUCUAUACCACCUCUAUCCUCCAAGGAUCUCAAGUCGGUGCACAUGGUUCUCUUGCUUCCCAUUUCAUCCUCCCAACAAACUUGUGAGGCAGGUUAGGCUAAGAGAUGGUGGCUGGCCCAAGGUCACCCAGGGAGCUUUACUGGCUGAGUGGGGAUUCGAACUCUGCUCUCCAACACCCUUAAUCAUUACGCACACUGGCUGUUGUUGUAACAAAAAUUGCCCUUUUUCCCUUAUGGGGUAUCCAAGAGCCCAUAUAGAGUCCUUACAUAGGUUCUCCAUCGGUAGGAGAAGAUAACAGAGGCCAACCAGAGAAUAUUGAGAAGCAAAGCAGCUAGUAAGCUUGAUCUUUAUUGAUCUGUUGCAACAGGGUGCUCCCCUCACCCGCAGGAGAGAGGAGGAACCCAGAAAAAUGGCGUGCAAAGCCUUAUAAAGACUUUUGAAAUUGCCACCCUUUAUUUCAAGACCACCCCCAGAAACAUCAUACAUACAUCACAAAAAAGGAGGUCUAAAACAGAAAUUUGAAUGUUGUUUUUCUCCUGUCGUCGUUUUUCUCCUGUCUGACAGGUUACUUGAUUGGAUUUCCUGGGGAGCCUGGCCAGUCUUUUGUAAUGAUAAAUACUUAGUUCCUGGGCCAGGUCACAGGCUCACACCCUAUUCAUAUCUUAAAUGUGCCCUUAAGACAGGAUUUGUGAGGAAAGAGACAAUGGGAGGUUUCCCACUUUGACCUUGCAGAGAAAACAUUCGGUCAGUUUAGGAAUCAAAAUGGUUUCAGUUUGGUCUUCCUGUGCUGAUCUAUGUAUGUGCUUGGUUGGUACACUUAUGAACAUUACCAUAUAUCUAAGAGCAUAAAAUUCCUAUCACAAUGUUCAGUGAAGACAACUCUUUAAAACAUUCGAAAGAGAAACUCAGCAAUAAAUAUAGAAAAAAGAUUAAAAUAUCCAUCAACAUUCCACAUUAUGGAGUACCGUAUUUUUCGCUCCAUAAGACACACUUUUUUCCUCCUAAAAAGUAAGGGGAAAUGUCUGUGCGUCUUAUGGAGCGAAUGUGUGGUCAGUCGCUGGCUCCCUUUCCAGCCCCUUGCCCAGGCCUCCAUUGUUGAAUGUUCUGCAGACGGAGGCUGUUUGUUUCCCCAGCGACAUGGGACUGGCUGAUUAGAUUACCUGUCUGGAAACUGUAGAAAUGGCUCCCUUUCCUAAAGAAGCUGCAGAACUGUGAGUUGAACCCCAUAAAAAGAGGAUUUUUCCCCUUUGCAAAAGAAGCUGCACAACUGUGAGCUGAUCGCCCCCCGAAAUUGGGGCUUCCCCCCUCUAAAAACUAGGUGCGUCUUAUGGAGCAAAAAAUUUCGUCUUGCACAGUUGCCUUCUCGACUGCUUCGAUCUGCGGAUCUGGCAGUGUUAUAGGCGCAGCGCAAUACUCGUUGUACACAUUUAGUGUGGUGGCAGCUACACUUUGAAACUCCCUGCUUAUUGACAGCUGUCUUUGCUGUACGGUUUCCAGCACCUGCGGAAAACCUUUUCGUUUAGGCAAGUCUAUCCAGACACGUGGAAGUUACAUGUGUGUUUUUUAGGUUAUCGUUGGUUUUAAUUAGUGUUUGAAUGUUUUUUUAAACUGUCCUUUAUAGAUACAGCGGUACCUUGGGUUACAUACGCUUCAGGUUACAUACACUUCAGGUUACAGACUCCGCUAACCCAGAAAUAGUACUUCGGGUUAAGAACUUUGCUUCAGGAUGAGAACAGAAAUCACGCGGUGGCAGCGGGAGGCUCCAUUAGUGGUGCUUCAGGAUAAGAACAGUUUCAGGUUAAGAACAGACUUCUGGAACAAAUUAAGUACUUAACCUGAGGUACCACUGUAUAUUUUUUUUAAAAAAAUAGAUUUUUGGUAAACCAUUUUGAGGGUUUGUUCCAACCAAGUGGUAUUCAAAUUUUCUUAAAUAACUAAAAAUUGCAAUUUAAUUUGGGAGGCAUCAUCCUUAAGGCACAGGUUGGGGAACUGUUUUGGGGUCUGCGUUCACCCUUGGUCGUCACCCCACUGGGGUCCACAUGCCAGCCAAAAGGGCCUGACCAAAAUGGGUUUUACCCCUCACUCUUGCAGACUUCCUGUAUGUAUGCAGAGAGAGACAACCCUCCCCUCAGGGGAUCUGUAAAAAUCAGAUGAGGAUGGGGAUUAUGACUUCUUGCCUCAUCACCAAAGGAUCAACCUGAUGAGAAAUGAUGAACAAUUUUUGCGGCUUACUGGGUCACUGCCCUGCCCAGCCCUGCCCUUUAGAAUAAAAACCAUGUGGUACUUCUAGACUCUUAAAUCUGUUCCCUGCUUGGUGGGGCUGCUACCACUGGAAAAUUAUAUUGGAGACCAGGUGGGCCAUCAGGAAAGGUUUUGUAGCUGGCCUCACACUCGAAGAGAGAGAGGGAGAGAGAGAGAGAGAGAGAGAGAGAGAGAAUGCCUCUUCUAAGAUUGUUCUACAUCACAUCUAAAGCUAAAGUAUGACUCUUGCUUAAAAACUAUUUUUUUAAAUUGCUCCCGUGCAAAUUUAAUUGAUUUAACCAGCUUCUCGGCUAAAGUUCCACCUAUUUCGUAAACCGUCUUGUGAUUUUCAGAUGAAGUAUAUAAAUCUAAUCAUCUCGUGUUCUAAUUUUCCAAAUCACUUUGGGAGCCAGGGUUUGGCCAAAGAUGCAGGAUAAAACCAGAAUAACCAAAUGCUUGUUGGUUCAUUGCAUUCUGUCUCCAUCUGCAGUGUCCAAUUGUUGUCCAGUCCUAUCCUGAUCAUACAUUCAGAAGAUGAUGCGAUCAUACCAAUACAGCAGGGAAGAAAGGUAACAAAGCCUUUGUACUAUUCUAAUCUUCUUUCUUCGUUUCUUUUAAAAGUGAGAAGGCAAUGCAGCCGUGGAACGAAGCCUCCAUGGUUAUCUGCUCACUUAGCCAGUAAAAUGGUGGCAGAGUGGGGUGGGGUAGGGGGGCAGAACUAUGGAUUAUUUUCACAAUUACAAAGGGCUCCUUUUCUGGUCACCUGGGGACACAGUUCUCCUCGCCCUAGGCGAGCGACUAUUCGUCAUUCCCAUUCUAGGGCUGAAAAUGCAAGGUCAGAUAGAUUACACUUUCAAACUGGGCUAGGGAACCUUUGUCCCUUCUGGGAUUGCUGGACUACAGUUCCCAUCAUCCCUGGCUCUGGGCUAUGAUGGCUGGGACUGGCGGAAGUUGCAAUCCAACAGCCAUAGGUCAACUGGUCCCCAUGCGCUGCUUUAAAACAUCCUUUGCAAUUACUGCCUUGAAUUCCUUGUUGCUUAGUCAUUUCCUGAACGUUCAAAGCAACCUGCAUUUAUUUCAGAGGGACCAGGGUGCUCAUUUUGAGAGGGAGUGGUGAAUGGGUUGUUCACUCUACAUAUAAUUUUUUUAAAAAACGCUGCAACAUGCUUUGAACCUUUUGAAGAAUGGUGGCAUCAGAAGUUUUAAAGUCAGGGCCAAGUUGGAGGUGGGGGAUUCCGACAGUGGAAACGAAACCACAGGCCGAUGCCUUGCCUUGCAACCGCAAGGUGUCAUUUUGCAGGAAGGAUAGCGAUGAGACUGUCAGAACAGCAUGCUGUUUCCUAUUCCAGCUCACAAAACGUGCCGUGUGCCACUGCAAGCUCUCUCAGCCCUAACCUACCUCAUUGAGAUGAUAAAAUGAGGGAAAGGGGGGGAGAACCUUUGGAAUCCACCAUGAACUCUGUGGGAUAAAACCAUAAUAAUAAAAAAUCACAAGUUGUGUGUCUCUGUUUCUCAGUUUGAUCCUUUUACAGGUAUUGUAUGUAUUGCAGUUAAUAGUUCCUCAUCAUCCUGGAAAAAAGCGAUAAGUGGGGUAUCGCAGGGUUCUGUCCUGGGCUUGUUGUUAUUCAAUGACUUUAUCAAUGACUUGGAUGAAGGAAUUGAGGGGAUGCUCAUCCAAUUUGAAGAUGACACCCAACUAGGAAGGGUAGCUAAUGCUGCAGAAAACAGAACCAGAAUUCAAAAUGACUUUAACAGAUUGGAGACCUGGGCGCAAGCUAACAAAAUGUAUUUCAAUAGGGACAAAUGUCAGGUUCUGCACUUAGGCAGGAAGAGGUAAAGGUAAAGGGACCCCUGACCGUUAGGUCCAGUCGUGGACGACUCUGGGGUUGCGGCGCUCAUCUCGCUUUAUUGGCCGAGGGAGCCGGCGUACAGCUUCCGGGUCAUGUGGCCAGCAUGACUAAGCCACUUCUGGCGAACCAGAGCAGCGCACGGAAACGCUGUUUACCUUCCCGCCAGAGCGGUACCUAUUUAUCUACUUGCACUUUGAUGUGCUUUCGAACUGCUAGGUUGGCAGGAGCAGGGACCGAGCAACAGGAGCUCACCCCGUCGCGGGGAUUCGAACCGCCGACCUGCUGAUUGGCAAGCCCUAGGCUCUGUGGUUUAACCCACAGCGCCCAGAUGCACAAAUAUAGGAUUGGGGACACCUAACUUACUUGCAGUACAUGUGGAAAGGAUCUAGGGGACUUAGUGACCAUGAGUCAACAGUGUGAUGCAACAGGAAAAUCAACGUUCAUGCUAUUCUAGGCUGCAUCAACAGUGUCCAGGUCAAGGGAAGUAAUAGUCCCACUCUAUUCUGCCUUGGUUAGACAACACUUGGGAUACCGCGUCCAAUUCUGGGCACCACAAUUUAAGAAGGAUGUUGACAAGCUGAAAUGUGUGCAGAGGAAGGUAACCAAGAUGAUCAAGGGUCUGGAAACUAAGCCUUAUGAGGAAGGGUUGCUGGGUAUGUUUAGCCUGGAAAAGAGGAGACUGAGAAGAGAUAUGAUGGCGAUCUUCAAAUAUCUUAAGGGUGGGAACAUGCUUGUUUUCAUCUGCUCUGGAGGGUAGGAUUCGAACUAAUGGCUUGAAUCAAGUGGCAAGAAAGGAGAUUCCGACUAGGCAUUCAGAAAAACUUUGUUCAACUGUAAAACAGCUCUUACUGUCAGACUCCCACGAGAGGUUGUAGUCUCUCCUUCCUUAGAGGUUUUUAAGCAGAGGUUGGAUGUGUUGGGAAACUGUGUACGUGCAGCUACUCACACAGAGUCAAUUAAGGUUUGGCAGACAGCCAGAAGGCAAUCUGAAGGAGUAGGUCUGCCUGGUGAUAACAGAGUCAUGCAGACUUCUCCCUGAAUGGUCAAGCUCUUUCAAGGGAGUGAUAAUUAAUGAAUCAUAGAAUCAUAGAAUCAUAGAGUUGGAAGAGACCACAAGGGCCAUCGAGUCCAACCCCCUGCCAAGCAGGAAACACCAUCAGAGCACUCCUGACAUAUGGUUGUCAAGCCACUGCUUAAAGACCUCCAAAGAAGGAGACUCCACCACACUCCUUGGCAGCAAAUUCCACUGUCGAACAGCUCUUACUGUCAGGAAGUUCUUCCUAAUGUUUAGGUGAAAUCUUCUUUCUUGUAGUUUGGAUCCAUUGCUCCGUGUCCGCUUCUCUGGAGCAGCAGAAAACAACCUUUCUCCCUCCUGUGACAUCCUUUUAUAUAUUUGAACAUGGCUAUCAUAUCACCCCUUAACCUUCUCUUCUCCAGGCUAAACAUGCCCAGCUCCCUUAGCCGUUCCUCAUAAGGCAUCGUUUCCAGGCCUUUGACCAUUUUGGUUGCCCUCCUCUGGACACGUUCCAGUUUGUCAGUGUCCUUCUUGAACUGUGGUGCCCACAGUUCAAGAAAUGGCCUACUAACUGGAAUGAGUUAGUUCAGGAGUUCAGAGUUCUGUGUGUCAGUAUAGGAGUUGUGAGUCGUGUCAGAGAGAGCUAGCUAAAGAUCCGUGUUCUGUCCCUGUAAAUAGUCCACUGUAUAUAAUAAACACCUAACUACAAGUUCCUGGUUCCUGCUUCGUCUAUCCUGUCUGCAGCCAAGUCGCCAUUUGCUUCCGUGGAUUCUGUGUGUACUCUGCUAGGUCUGGCUAAGGUCCUGCAACUAGUUAGAAAGUUGAGAAACACCAAAUAGUUUUUACCAAUAAGAUGGCCAUCUGUCCUGGAUGCUUUAGCUGAGAUUCCAGCAUUGCAGGGGUAUGGCCUAGAUCAAAGGUCAACUACCUUAUUCGUGGAUGGGCUGGUCGACGCUCCGUCUGUCGGAGGAUGGGCCGAAGCGUGUGCGCAUGCCCACUCUUCUGGGUCGGAGGAGCACCUGUGUGCGUGCGCACAUGCUAUUUCCGGCACACAUCCGGGUCAGGAGAGCGCCCAUGAGCAUCCACACAGGCGCCAUCAACCCAGAAGUUGGUCCCCGUGUCGCUAAGAGUGGGCAGUGGCAGGGGUCGCCAUGGGCCAGUGAGACAAGCCUUGUGGGCCGCUACCGGCCCAUGGGCCUUAGGUUGCUGACCCCUGGACUAGAUGACCCCCGUAAGAUUCUAUGAAACUAAGAAACCUGCCUCAUUCGUUCCCUUACAGCUCUUUGAGAUUGCAUACAAUGCUUCGGAGAAGAAAGAGAACGUCGUGUUUAUUCCUUUACCUUCUGCUAUGGGCUUAGGACACGACUACAUUUCCUUCCACCCUGAUCUUGCUGGCAUCCUGAAGUAAGUGGGCGGAAAGAAGAGAAACGCUUUUGCAGAAUGGGGUCCCUGACCCCCGAUUUCCCUUUGACACUCUGGGGGCUGGGAUGCAGCAGGGAGCUGGGCUCACGCAGCUGCCUGCUCCAGCAGAGAGGGGGAUGCGCAAAUUUGCUGUGCUGGAAGCCCAAGAAGCAGCCUUUAGCCCAGGCUAUUUGCCUUGGCUCUUUGCAGGAGGGAGGACCUGUUCUUCAUCACUCCUGCACCUUGAAGAGAGAGACUGUCCAACCCUCCUGCCCUGCCCAUUAGCAGUUGUUGUUGUUUAGUCGUUUAGUCGUGUCCGACUCUUCAUGACCCCCUGGACCAGAGCACGCCAGGCACUCCUGUCUUCCUCCCGCAGGCCUCCCGCAGUUUGGUCAAACUCAUGCUGGUAGCUUCGAGAACACUGUCCCACCAUCUCGUCCUCUGUCGUCCCCUUCUCCUUGUGCCCUCCAUCUUUCCCAACAUCAGGGUCUUUUCCAGGGAGUCUUCUCUUCUCAUGAGGUGGCCAAAGUACUGGAGCCUCAGCUUCAGGAUCUGUCCUUCCAGUGAGCACUCAGAGCUGAUUUCCUUCAGAAUGGAGAGGUUUUUUCUUCUUGCAGUCCAUGGGACUCUCAAGAGUCUCCUCCAGCACCAUAAUUCAAAAGCACCCAUUAGCAGUAUAACCUCAGUAUUUUUUAAAAUAACUCCGUGAUCAUUGCAGAAAUCAGUACGGCAGGCGGAGGGAACGUGUCUCUCCAUUGCAUGACCAAGGAGAUCAUGCUUAAAUGCCACGGCAGCACAUGGGCCUGUUAUGUCAAGACAUAACACCGGUCUUGAAAGACCUACAUUGGCUCACAGUAUGUUUCCGAGCACAAUUCAAAGUGUUGGUGCUGACCUUUCAAGCCCUAAACGGCCUUAUCCCAUAAUACCUGAAGGAGCAUCUCCACCCCCAUCAUUCAGCCUGGACACUGAGGUCCAGCUCCAAGGGCCUUCUGGUGGUUCCCUCAACAUGGAACCAGACAGAGGGCCUUCUCGGUGGUGGCGCCCUCCCUGUGGAAUGCCCUCCCAUCAGAUGCCACAGAAAUAAACAACUAUCUGAUGUUUAGAAGACAUCUGAAGGCCGCCCUGUUUAGGAAAGUUUUUAAUGACUGAUGUUUUAAUGUAUUUUUAAUCUUUUGUUGGAAGCCGCCCAGAGUGGCUGGGGAAACCCAGGCAGAUGGGCGGGGUAUAAAUAAUAAAUUAUUAUUAUUGGGCCUGCAGUCAGUGGUGGCUUUCAGUGGCUGGGCAGCUCUUGCAGAGCUAAUGUGGCUUCCUCCAUGUUAUAUUGGAGUUGUAUAAGACGGAAGAAACCACAUUGGCUACACUUGACCUAGGUCAUGGGUCAGCAAACUUUUUCAGCAAACCAUGUGGGGGGCCAGACUAUUUUUUUUGGGGGGGGGGAUGAACAAAUUCCUAUGCCCAUAAAUAACCCAGAGAUGCAUUUUAAAUAAAAGGACACAUUCUACUCAUGUAAAAACACGCUGAUUCCCGGACUGUCUGCAGGCCGGAUUCAGAAGGCAAUUGGGCCGGUUCCGGCCCCCGGGCUUUCGUUUGCCUACCCAUGACCUAGGUGAUGGGGAGAGAUCCUCAGAGGUGGCUGGUCCCCUGCAAGUGGUUCCCUUCCCCCAAUUUAAAACAAACAAACCUUCCAUAUUUACUGAAAUGGCAUAUAGGUGCACCCACGUACACAGAGUGUACUCUUCUGCCCAAAUGUUGCACCAGAGUUUACGAAACUUGGGACUACAACUCCCAUCAUCCCUAACUAGCAGGGCCCGUGGGUCAUGGAUGAUGGGAGUUGUAGUCCAGAAACAGAUGGAGACCCAAGUUUGGGAAACCCUGUCCCAGCCUAAAGACAGCCUAAGUACAGGGCCGUCUUACCCAUAGGUGCUAGGGGUGCGGGGUACCCGGGUGCCGGGCUCUCAGGGGUGCCAGGCUGAGAGUCUGGGGCCCAAGAGUUGGGUCCGGGGAAGAGCCCUCCCAUUGGUUGAAGCGCUGUGGUGGGCUCUUCUGCUGCGGGCUUUCCUGCGCCGUGAGUUUGGGGGCAAAUUUGCACCCCGGCGCCGCAUAUGCUUAAGAUAGCCCUGCCGAAGUAGAUACCCGGCAUGGCCCCUGGUUGAAGGAAUAUAAAUCAUGCCUCUUUGUUUCCCUCCUGUUCCCAAACAGAAACUUCCUCCAGAGUGUUAAGUGACAGCAGCAACGCAGGAAGAGAACAGCCGCUGUCACCCGCAAGGAACACUGCGCCGUACUCCAGUUCAAAUUGCUACAGAUAAUAAAACGAGCCAUGAACAGGAAGAGUGGAUUUCGUUUUUAUUUUACCAGGUGAAUUUUCAGGAAUGCAAGAUUUGUGGCGUGGACCCGGGAGACAAGAAAGCGGGGAGACAGGAACACAAACUGAUGCAUGCAGCCCUUGCAAAGAUGUGGGGUUCGCUGCUUCUUUUUUGUAUUAAUGCACCUAAAAGUGGAUAUUUUAAGCACUACCUGAGCAGGACACUCUCUCUCCCCUUCUUAGCGCAUCUUUCUCACUGCACGUAAGCAGCCGGCAUGUACUUGCUGAGCACACCUAUGGCAUUGAGCACAUAGCACCUGCUGCAAUACCUCAGGGUAUCCGUUAAAAGCACUUUGGUCCAGUGACUGUAGGACAGAUUAUAGGGCUCAGCCAGAGGUCCUUUUGCACCCCACUUUCCAGGCACAGGUCUGUACUUUAAAGCUCCGCAUCUGAGUGGGUGGGGUUUUUCCCCGUCCCAGUGCUUCUCCUGGGAAAACCCACAUUUUAAUUCCAAAUCAGAGCAGAUAAUAAGCUGCAGAAAACCCGACUACCAUUUGCCAAACAACCCAAAACAACAGGCUCAGAGACAGAGCUUUGAA